AUGAAAUAAGUCAUUUUUCUAGUAAUGCUGAUUACUCUGACUCUCCAGACUUCGUUGUCAUCUAAAGUUGAUGUUGUGAUGGCACAAAUGGACAAAAUGGCACUUAAAAACGAAUUUUCAAAGCAACUUGCUGGUUUAAUUGAACUCAAAAUGUUAUAGAGUUCUUACGUUGAAGAAGUCUUAAAAGAAAUCAAAGGAAUCAGAGAUCAAUUAAUUGCAGAUCAAACUGUGGAAGAUCAAGAAUUUGCCAAAAAAAUUGGAUAAUUGAAUGUGGAAAUUGAAAUCUUGGAAAUCUAAACUGAAAAAUUGGCUAAAGAAUUGCAAAGACUCAAUCAAUAAAUUGCAGAUUUAAAUGAAGACAUUAGUAAACUAAUUGGCACUCAAUAAUCAUAAGAAAAAUAAUUAUCAACUUUAAAUUCCAAGGAAGAAGACAUCAGAAACCAAUACAAAUUGGAAAUUGAAACUAUUUCACAAAGAACAACAAACAAUAUAAAAUCAAUUGAUGGAUUGAAUGAAAUGAUUGCAAAACUAUAAUAGGCUGUAUUUGCUGAAUAGAGUAAAACAACUGUGCUCUCAUAACAACACACCAAACAAUAUGUUGAUCAACUUGCUAAUUCAUUGGGACCUAACCAUCCUAUUACAGCUCUUGUCUCAGUAACCACUAAAUUCGAUGUACCAACCGUUACCAGGAUUAUCCAAUUGCUUGAGAACAUUCGAGACCAAAGAAUACAAGAAAAUGCAGGUGCUGAUGAAUAUGCUGUUAAAGUUACAUAAUCUUAUGAAGUCACACUUAAAGAAGUCACUGAAGUUAGAGAAAGACUCAGUGCUAAUUAUUCAAGAACACUUGUUAACUUAAAGAGAAGAAACGAAGAAAAUGCAUUAUCUACUAAAAGCAGAAAUCAAAUAUAAAAGGACUUACCUAUCGCAUUAGAUUUACUCUAAUAAUAUAGAAAUGAAAGGGAAAUAGUCUAGUCUAACUAUAAUUUGAGAUCUGCCAGGAGAGAAAAUGAAGUCAAAAUUAUCACAUAAGCUUAUACUAUAGUUGCCUAAUAAGUCAAAGUUUGAACAAUAUUACAAACAAAAACACAAUUAUUUCUAAUUUA